AUGUCAGACGCCACAUACCAGAGGCCACAACAUCUUGGUCAUCAUAUAUACAAAGUCAGAUUAAGCUCAUCAACCAAACCAGACGCGCAAGAUUACAUAGCACCACUCUUGCCUUACCUUGAGGGUUUAAACGUUAGUGACUCUGGACUGAGAGCGAACUCAGCAACACCAUGUUACGAAAAUAUAACUCUUCUUCCUGAGACUUCACGUUCUGCAGCCCCUACUCCCACAGGCUGGAGUUCACUGUUGCCAAGAUCAAAGCUUGAGGUCACCAGUGCAACUACUCCAACUUCUGAUUUCCCAGACCCCGGACCGAACGGGAGCAAUAGCACUAGUCGUCGGCAGGCCCGUUUGAGUCAGUUGGUGAUAGCGGGACUCAGGAGCCCACCGGGUCUCGAGUUGGUUGCUCUCCUGCGUGAGUCCCCGGGGCCCUGGGAAACAACAAGAAGAUCUGUCUUCUUUCCUAGCGCUGUAGAUCAAGAUCCGACCUUGGCAGAAGGUAACUGGGCGAUGCCACUUUCGUAA